AUGGGCAAUCACAUGGCCGGGUACGUGCAGAAGGGCGGCAACCAGUUGUUCGUGUACGACACAAACCCCGAUGCAGUCAGACCGCUGGUGCUGCAGCAUGACGCAGUGGUGGCCACCUCUCCCUCCGAUCUGGCCAGCAAGGUUGACCGCCUGAUAACGAUGGUGCCCACGCCCAAGGACGUGCUCGAGGUGUACCUGGGCAAAGAGGGCGUCAUCAGCGGUGGUCAGGCAAAGGCGGGCACCAUUCUGGUAGACUCCAGCACCAUCGACCCGACGACGGCGCAGACAGUGGCCAAAGAGGCGGCCAAGAGUGGACUGCACUUUGUGGACGCACCAGUGACCGGUGCAGUGCCCGGCGCCCGGGCAGGCACACUGACCUUCCUCGUUGGAGGCCCCGAAGAAACAGUUACCGCCGUGAAGGAGCUGUUGAUGACCAUGGGCAAAAACGUCAUUCACUGCGGUCCAGUGGGCACCGGACAAGUGGCGAAAAUCUGCAACAACAUGCUACUGUCAGUUGUGCUCGUCGGCACCUCAGAAACGCUUAACCUUGGUGAACGCCUAGGCCUCGAUCCGAAGCUGCUGACACAAAUUCUCAACAUCAGCUCAGGAAGAUCUUGGGUGACUGAAUCAUACAACCCAGUGCCUGGCGUCGGAGAGCCCAGUCUGCCUGCCAGCAAUGACUACACCGGCGGCUUUGGCUGCAAACUAAUGGCAAAGGACCUGACGCUGGCGCAAACGAUUGCCGUUCAGUCGCAAAGUCCCAUUCCGAUGGGCAGUCUGGCGGCGCAAGUGUACCGCCUGAUGACCAACAACGGCUUCGCCGACAAAGACAUGUCAUAUGCUUACCAGUUUUUCAAACAAAAUGACCAAGUUUGA